AUGUUGGAGCAGAAAUUCGUCGUUCGUGUGGGCAUGCUCUACGAUUUCAAACAAGGCAAGAGUGCGGCCGAUCCAUUCAAACUCUGCACUCGAGCUUUGGAAAGAACUGUAUUUCGAGAAGUCGAUUUUUCAAGUGGUUCAACCGCUUUCAUGACGAAAGAAUGCCUUGACCACAAAGCAGAAAUAGUUCAGCAGAAACUCGAAGAGCUCAACUGGAGUAUCCUGUCACAUCCGCCUUACUCACCAGAUGUGGUACUUUCGGACUACUACUUUUUCCGCUCGAUGCAGCACGAGUUGACUGAGAAGAGGGUCGAAAACGUCGAAGAGGUUCAAACUUGGCUGUCCGAUCUCUUCAACUCCAAAACAACCGAUUUACACUAUGUGGGUAUCAAUUACCUGCGCGCUUAA